AUGACCAGCGCUGACGAUGCGGCGCUUCUGGCGCUUUUGACAGACGACUGUGUCUUGACGCUGCACAGCGACGAGAGCGCCUCCAUGCACGCGGCCAACGACAGCGACGACGUCCUCGAGGUGGUCGACGACGACAACUUGGACGCCCAUGAUCUCUCGGCUUUUCUGGCCGAGCUGCCCGCCUUUGGCUUACCACCGCCUGCGCAUACAAAGAAACGCCGCGCGCACGACGGGCCCAAGGAAGAGAUCGCCUACUUGCUUCAAAAGCAACUCACCCUCGCGACGCAGCUCGUGCGGCUCAAGCAGCGCGCAGCCAUGAGCAUCGACGAUACAUCAGACAGCGCCUCGUGGCAGCGGCGCGCAGUACACCAACAGCACGCGGUGCAGCGUGCCCUGCACGAAAACGCACGCCUGCGGGAGCUCCUCGAGAGCCAACUCAAGUUUGUUCAAGCCCUGCAGCGCGUCCUCAUCAAGCGGCCGCGGCUCUCGCUUUUUCCUCGACGCGCAGCGCACGAUGCGGUCGUAGGUCUCUCGGAUCGGGAAGCGUCGUUGGAGGCGCUCUUCCAGGCGCAGUACAACAAACUCGAAACGCACUGGGUGCGUCAUGGCCUCUUUGAGUGCACCGACAGUGGUGACGCGAUGCGCAAGAUCAACAUUGAGAGCUUGGCGUUCGGUGGUACAAUGCACCUCAACUCGCUCCUUGGGACGCCGUGUUCGCUGCCGUUUAUGGCCCUCAGCGACAUCCUUUGGGACCUUAUGACAAGCGAGUUGGCGCCGUCGUGCCAGCUCCUCGAAGAAUUUCACCCGCAGCUGCGCUAUGUCCGUCAUGACAUGCGGCUGCACGACGCGAAGCUUCCGACUCUCGAGUCGCGGCUCGCCCACCGGCGCUUCAACGAGCCCAACCGCGUCGUACUGCUGACGCGCUCGAUCGUCGACGAUGGCUUGUACCCGCACACGCAAGGUCACUUGAUCGAGAACCGAGCUACGUGGUCGGUCAUCUCGUCGAGAGGCCCCAACGAGUGCUACUUGGCAGUCUACGUGAACGUGGCGCUGCCCAUCUUCCCCGCCGAUAUCGAAGCGAUGCAGCCGGCUGCGGGGACGCUCACGGAGCUCCUUCUGCAGCUCACCGCGUCCAACAGCGAGCGCUUUGGUGCCCGUGUCCAAGACGCCAUUCGAAAUCGGCACCCCGACGCCGCCCUUGCUCCACGGCCAUGUCUCUUGUUGCAUCGAGACAGUGACACGUCGAGCAUGUUGUUGCCGCAUCCCGCUGCCAAAAAUGUUUAG